CUUCUCGAUAUCACCAGUUUGAUCAUAAUCGAAUGGUGUUAACAUGCACUAGUGACACGAUCUCUGAGAAAAUUUAAAGUUAGAAAACGCAUAUUAUCAGUGUUCGUCUCAUAUCAGAGGCGGACAGGAUUGAUUUCAGGCCAGAAAUUUGCCAUGAACGAAAAGCUUCCCCAUUCCAGGAGAUUUUCAACACGUCACUCUCCAUCGUUUUUCUUUCCAGGCAGGUGCGAUUUCCUUCAAUCCGCUGUUGCGGAAAAUGGGGUUGAGUCACCCUCAGUGUCGGAUCCUGCCUUCCUCGUUUCCACUUACCUAUCGAACAAAAACUCAAGUGCUGGGGAAGGCACGAUUACGAACAUUAUCAGGAACUCAAGUACUUCCAGAUUCCAGUCUUUUCGGCUCCAGAUUCUCCCAAAAUCCUUUCAAACAUCAUCGCCAACAAAAUCCAUUCGUUGAUUUCCCAUAUUUUCGCACGCUGCACCAAUCAUCGCUUCAUUAUCUCAUCGCUUCCGAGGUACUCGACAACCAUCAAAAACAUUGCGAAGCACAUCGUUCAAUUCAGACCUAGCGCAAAACAUUUGCUUGUUUCCAGUAGAAGGUGCUGCGCCUAUGUUUUCCGUUCCUCAAAACCAGAUAGGCUUGGGAUCCAUACCCAGUCCAAAGGGAGAUCACAUCAAUCACGUUGACAAUGAGGGCUUUUUGGCUAAUGACGCAAAUCCUCCCAAUCAGUUCGUAUACCCUCAUAAUAUCCUUUGAUUAUUACUAAUUAGUAUAGUUCUUUGCCACCUAAGAGGUUUCAUUUGAGUCUUGUCAAAUACAUCUUGACUGCAGGCUGUGGAGGGAUCUUGUUUGGUAUGGUGAAGAGUCAAUACGGAUUUUUUUGUUGCUGACAUUCAUCAGCCGCGGAACAAAGUACAGGGAUUGAUAUCAUACACAGGCCUGGGCUCAAUUUGGAGGAAACGGACACCUUACUGAGUCCAGCUGCAGUGUCCACUUCGUUGGGUCUGGGGGCCAUAUUUGGCGCACUCAUCUGGGGGUUAGUAUCGACUGCUUCUGCACUGCCAUCCAGUACACAAUAGCUGACAAUACGACAGACUUCUUGCUAAUGAAAGAUCCAAAAAAAGUGCAAUAUACUUCUCAAUGGCUGUAUUUGUGGUAGGGAUGUCACUCCAAUAAAUAUCGCCAGAUUUGAACUCCUUCUUCACUAGAGUGGUUUCUGGACUCGCAGGAGGAAUACUAGCAGUGCUUGUCCCAAAUUAUAUUGCAGAAAUCAGCCGUCCCAGAGACAGGGGUAGAAAUGUAGUGCUUGGUAAGUUUUGGUUCUGUCUAGAAUGUAUUUACCUAACAUACAACAGGCUACCUUGCUUUUGUGAUAGGCGUUGUAGUGUAUGUCAUCGUAUGGGUCUACAUGAAAGUGUCGACAGAGCAGGCAGACAAUCACAGUUGGGAAAGGCCAUAUCCGUCAAAAAUAUGGCGUUGGAGGGCUAAGCUGGGUGUCCAGGUUUGCUUCAGGCCUGGGAUUAUUGACUUUUCAUUUUCAUUAACAGGUUUUCACAGUGUCUUUUUGCCACCGUUACUCUUUCAUUCCUACUGAGUCUACCUGAAACCCCCAGACACCAUCUCACAGGUCAUCUUCCUAAAGUUGAGGACGGUUUCAAGGUUCUAGCUCAACUUAGAGCGCUUUCAGAAGACAAUAGAACUGUUGCUGAAGAGUGGAGGGUAAUCCAGCAAGAACAUGCGUCAUACACAGAAAAUCAGCGGAAGAUAAUGAGUCUUUACAGACGUAUCUUUCUUCCUCUAAUCGAGUGUUUCAAAGGGACAUACUCAACACGGACUGCUAUCCUCGUAUUUCUCGCCGCCUCUCAACAUUUGGCCAGCCUAUUUUUUGUCUAUGACCAUAACUUUAACCGUGUUCAGGCAUAUACACUAAACACGUUCUUCGGACCUUUCCACCUACCCACCGGCCCCUUUGACCCAAGGUUAUACACUGCGGUGGGGAUAUUCGCAUGUUUUAUGGAAAUAGAUCGGUGCGGUCGGAAAGUUCUUCUGACAUGUGGUUCAUUUGCCAUGAGCGUAUUGCUGCUUGUGUAUUCUGGCGUUGAUGGGCUUGGUCAUGAUAGUUUGGGCAUGGGUAGGGGACUUGCCUUACUCUACAAUCUUGUCAUUUUUGCUACCUGGGCUCCUGUUACUCUCACCAUGGCUUCCGAAAUCUACCCGCCGUACGUUCGUGCGAUGGGUAUUUCUAUGUUCGUAUGCGUGAGUCUUGUGUAAGUCCUCCCAUCCAUCCAUACCCAUGACUGCACAAGACUGAAAUCUUACUGUAGGUUUAAAAUCCUGACCAAUUAUUGGGCUUACGUAUGCGCGCAAAAUGAUACGGCUUUUAGUAUUUUCAGUCCGUUUGGUCUUUUUAGUCAUUUUCGUUACGUUGACCAGAUUGCCCAGUCUUUGUGCUGUUGUGUUGUUGGCUGUGUGGUUCACUUUUACGUUCCUGAAACGAAGGGCAAGACGGAUGAGGAGGUGGAUGAAGAGAUGGAUACACUCUUCGCCAAAGGAGAACGGUCGGAGGAUAAAGAUGAGGGUAUUGAGCUAAGGUCUUUGGAUGGUGAGGAUGCUGGUGAUCCAAGGCGCGAAUCCUUGACCUGA